UCAGCGACUGAACUGAACUUGGUUGUGGCAUGUGGGAUCUUCCUACCUGACUAGGGAUAUCAACCCACACCCCCUGCAGUGGGAGCAUGAAGUCUUAGCCACCAGAUCACCAGGGAAGUCCCCAAACGUUUCCUUUAAAGAUCUGUCAGAGGACUUGCCUACAUUGGCCAGCAGAUGGCUAAUUCGUCUGCUCUCCUGUGAACUGUUGAAAAAUCUGAAAUGGUCUUGAAGAAGGGAGGGAUUCUUCCUUGACAGUUUAUUUAACAAUACUCCUGACGUGUGAACCAGCCUUCAAACUCAGCAAGAUCCCAGUAAAGCCCACAGCAAGACUGCUGCUCCCCGGUUGCCUUUCAUUUCACGCAUGGAAUACUGGAGAGCCAGAGGAGCAGGCAGGAUGUGCUGGAGAGAGACGUUGGAACUCCAAGUAGCGGGGGACCAGGGAAGGAGGAUACACCCUUGUGUGGAGGGCUGGCUUCCUCAGCCGUUCCCUCCAGGACACACUUGCUGCCACCACCCACUUCACCCUUGGGAGAAUCUUCUCCUCCCCAGCCACCAACCCUGAAGAGAAUGAAACCAACUUCCUCUCUGCUGCUCGUGAAGUUUAUUUAACAAUACUCCUGACGUGUGAACCAGCCUUCAAACUCAGCAAGAUCCCAGUAAAGCCCACAGCAAGACUGCUGCUCCCCGGUUGCCUUUCAUUUCACGCAUGGAAUACUGGAGAGCCAGAGGAGCAGGCAGGAUGUGCUGGAGAGAGACGUUGGAACUCCAAGUAGCGGGGGACCAGGGAAGGAGGAUACACCCUUGUGUGGAGGGCUGGCUUCCUCAGCCGUUCCCUCCAGGACACACGAUUUUGGUGAGAUUUGUGUAUUAAUAGAAGAGGUCUCUGCAUCUCUGCUGGCUCUGGGGAUCGCUAUUAUUGAACACUGACCAUGUGCCAGACCUCAUCUCAGGCUCUUUGCAGCCUCAACGUGACCAUCCUUUCCCUUCACCACAGCAUGGGCAGACCCCUCCGGCACCACCUGUCUGUGGGCCUCACCUCAAGGAAGGAUGCCAAUGCUGCGCUGCUCAGUAACUAUGAGGUGUUCCAGUUACUAACUGAUUUGAAAGAGCAGCGUAAAGAAAGUGGAAAGAAUAAACACAGUUCUGGGCAACAGAACUUGAAUACUAUCACAUAUGAAACAUUAAAAUACAUAUCAAAAACACCAUGUAAGCACCAGAGUCCUGAGAUUGUGAGAGAAUUUCUGACAGCAAUGAAAAGCCACAAGUUGACCAAAGCUGAAAAGCUUCAGCUGCUGAAUCACAGGCCUGUGACUGCUGUUGAGAUCCAGCUGAUGGUGGAGGAGAGUGAGGAACGGCUGACAGAGGAGCAGAUUGAAGCUCUGCUCCACACCGUCACAAGCAUCCUCCCCGCGGGGCCAGAGGCCGAGCAGCAGCAGAAUACCAGCGACGAUGUGGCGAUGGAUGAGGAGGACCCCGCGUAGAAGAGCACAGCUGGCCCAAGUGUCUCCUGAAGUUGAAGGCCCAGCAGCCGUUUCCCAGACAUUCAGAGGAUUGUUUAUUUGAUUUUACCUUCUGUCCCAACAGGCCUCAUUUCCCGGUUAGUUGGGUAAACCACAAAAAUAAUCUUAAAAGAAAUCCUUGUGCCUCUGGGAGAACAAACAUGGUGUACUGGCUGAGAUGGUCAGGGCAGAGAGCUAAAGAGAGGAGGAGUGAGUCAAAAAGGACAAGGACUGUGGAACUCUCAGUGGUAAAAAUAUUUCUUCUGUGGCCUUUGCCAUGGUUGUGGGAAGGUCUCUGUACACAGCUGGUAAAAUACUUGCCUUGGCUUUAAUGGGCUGUAUCCUAAUUAAUUUCAUCUGCUUCCCUCAGAGCUUCCCAAGCAGGGAUGCAGAGCACUGCUGGAAUGAGAGCUGACUUAGGACAAUCCUGUUACAUGGCUGACAACUCUUGAAGCUGCAAAUAGUUGCUCUAAGUUAUAAUGAGCCACUGAGCUUGGCUCACCUUAGAGGAAUCUUUUCCUUAAUAACAAUAGACAUAGGAAAAGAUUGGCCUAGGAACUUGGUGGUCCAGUGGCUUAAGAUUCCACACUCCCAAUGUAUGGGACCCAGGUUCCAUCCCUGGUCAGGGAACUAAAUCCCACAUGCUGCAACUCAGAAAAAAAAAAAAAAAAGAUUCCUGCAUGCUACAGUGAAGAUCGAAGAUCCCGUGUCCAAAUAAAUAUUUUAAAAAUAACUAAAUAAAAGAACGGCCUGGACAACUCUU